CAAACAAACAAAUAAACAAAACGCAUCGCAGCGCAGGUGUGCGUGUGUGUGUGUGUGUGUGUGGGCGCCAGGCGUAGACAAUAACACGCAAAAGAAUAGGGAUUAGAAGAAGCAGUUGAACCGGGGUGAAAUCCGCAGGCAACAGCUGCAAUUGGGACAUGUCCAAGGUGCAGCCAAUGGCGUCGGCGUCUGCGUCGGCGUCGUCGUCGCUGCGCGGACGGGCGCGCCAAUUGGGCGGCGAGAGUGUGACCAUAGCACAUGCAGAGGCAAGCGGAGAUGCGGCCAGCGUGGAUCUGAACGCAUUGGACUACACCAGCAGCAGCUCGAUCAUUGAGUUCCUGGCCAAGGAGCAGGACUGCAACCUCGAGCCAGCCGAUCCGGAUAGCAUAUUCCAGGAGGUCAAUCGACUCGCCGACAGCACAGAUCUUCGCUCCGUGGAUGAGCUGCUGCUGGAAGCGGAGCGUCUCAUUCAGCAACAGCUGCGCUUGGGUGACGGCGACGGUGACGGCGACGGCGACAUCGAUGCCAAUGUCCAGGUGAAGACGCCCUCCACCACAUCACCGCAGUCGCUGUCAUCGUCACAGAACAGCAUCAAGCUGAACACGCGCUUCACGCGCCGCAUCGAGCAUGUUACCACCGUCACCACGAGCACCACCAGGACCACCAGUCCAAGCCAUGCCAAAGCCAACAACAACAACAAGUUCAAAUCUGUGGGCGGCUCCUCGACGUCGGCGUCGACGCCAGCCGAGCCGUUGGGCAACUUUGUGGCGUUUGUUGAGAACCUGCCCUCGGAAUCGGUCAUCUCCGAGGAGUCCACGCCCAAGGAUCUGCACAAUCACACGCACAACGGCGACGCCUUCGCUCAGCUGCAGCUGGAACAGCUCGACAAUACCGAUGACGACGAGGAUACGAUGGAGGAGCUAACCGAAGCGGAGGACUUGGCCGCCGGCUCGCGGCGCAGCUCCGGGCAAGGCAAUCCCGUCCAGCCGGCCAAUCGCGGCGGACAGCUGAAGCCCAUCGUCCCGAUGGCCAGCUACAGCGAGAAGGCGGUGGGCAGCUCGCCCAAGCAUCUGGUCAGCACAUUGAGCUCGCCCAUUGAGCAGAUCGCGUGCAGCGUGUCGCGGGAGCAUGCGCUCAAGAACGAGAUCGACCAGCUGCAGGAGCAGCUGAAGGAUACCGAGGAGCGCCUGGCCUCGGUCCGGCUGCAGAGCGAAUCGCUCUCGCAGACACAGCGCGCGCUGCGCGAGCACAACGGCCGGCUGCAGGAGGAGUCCGAGAUGCUCAAGCUGGACGUGCAGCAUCUGCACGAAUGCGCUGGCGUUUUGCGCAGCGAACUGCAGUCGGCGCGCCGGGAUCGCGACGAGGCCAUCCAGCUGGAGCGUUCACUGCGCGCCGAACUAGAGGAGGCGCAACAGGAGCGCCGGCACGCAGCCGAUGGCAAGGAGAAGGAUGCACGCAUCAUACAGGAUCUGCAGCGGCAGUGCCGCGAAAUGGAGCGCAUACUCAUGCGUAAGCAUCCCGACUCUGUCUCGGCGCUGAUAGUUGCCUCGAAGAGCACGGGCAUCUGCUCGCUGAACGACCAGGAGAACGUGAACAGCCGCAAGCUGCUGGAGCAGCGCAUUGCCCAGCUGGAAUCGGAUGCCAAGGAGCAGGAUCGCAAGGCACAGCAGAUACUGGCCAAUGUGCAGGCGCGCUUCAAUUCCGUGCAGGCCAAAUACGAGACGCACAUUGCCGACCUGGAGACGCAGGUGCUCAGCUUGCAGGAGAUCAACACGAAGCUGAACGAGCAAAUUGAAUCCCAGGUGCGCACACUGGAUCGUUUCAUGCAGAAGCGCGCCGAUAGAUACUACAACAACUGCACCCAAACGGACGCAGUCGGCGCCCAGACGGACCCAAAGCCUCUUGGCCACAACAAGGCCAUCCACACGGGCACUCAGACGCAGGCGAGCGAUGCGGGCGCCAUGCGGGAUCACAGCACCAACACCAUUGGCUGCCCCUCGCCCAGCAUCAGCUGCCAGCAACAUCUGCAGCAGCAGCUCCAGCUCCAGCAGCAGCAGCAGUUGCACUCGGCCGGCAGCAGCAGCACCAGCAGCACGGCCAACUCGACGCCGAACACGUCGCGUCCCAAUUCGAAGCAGAGCGGCGCACAGCGACGCAAUCCGGCGAUUGCCAACUCCAAGCUGCCCAUUUCCCAGUCCGAGUCCACAUUAUCACUGCUCAGCCAUGGCCAUGGCCAUCUGCAGCCACCCGGCCACAAGGAGGACACACAGCUGCUCAGCUCGGUGCGCAGCAUGCGCAUCGACUUGGCCCUCAAGAACAAGGCCAUGCAGCGCCUGACACGUGAGCUGGACGAUUGCAAGAAGACCAUCAGGAAACUGCAGCGGGAACGGGAGCGGGAACGGGAGCAUGCGGGAGCAGCUGCUGCUGUUGCUAGUCCAGGUUCGCGUUUGGAGAACAAACUUCAUGGCGGCGCCGGCGGCGGCAUGUCGGCCAGUGGAGGCGCCGCCCAGCGACGUGGACAUGAUCAUCACUAUCAUCAGCAUUAUCCGGAUCAUGUGCCAGCGACCACAGAGAAUCAGGCGCUGAAAGAGGCACAGAACAAGUUUCAUCUACUGGAGGCGGACUACAAAACGCUGCACGAUAAGCGGCUGCAGGAUCUAAAGACCCUGCAGAGCGCACAUGAGCGUGAGUUGGCCUCCUGCAAUGAGACGGUGCGCAUAUUGCAGCAGCGUUUAAAUGAGCGCGAGGAGGCGUUCGCCACACAGAAGCGCCGCAAGGUGCCCGUCGACUACUAUGCCCUGAAGGCCAAGGUCUCGCUGCUCGAGCGGCGUCAUUCGGAGCGGGAGGAGCGGCUGCACAUGCUCGUGGAGGCGCUCAGCAAGGGUCGGCUCAAUGGGGCUCUCGAGGAUCUGUUGCAGGAGAACAACAACAAGUAGAUUAUUGGGCAUAGUUGUAGUUGUCUGGCACAGGGAUAUUGUGACUGAACAAAAAGCGAAACUUGCACAUUAGCGAGCUAUCGAUAUCGUUGCGUUAUCGUUAUCGUUAUCGCUAUUGUUAUCGUGCAUGCAGAAAGCGAAUCAAUUGUUUGAUUCGAAAUGAAAAAAACCAAGCAAAUCAAAAUUCACAGAGCAUUCGUUUUGUUAUGCUUUAAACAAAUUACAUUUAUGUUAAAUAAUAAUUAAUUUUUAUAUACAUCGAUUAAGAUUUAUCGAUAGGUCGAUAACAGUUGCAACACAUGCGCAAUUCCAGCCAAAUUGUAUGUUUAUUUAUAUUUUUUUUUAGAUCUUUAAUAGAUUCUCGAAUAGAUCUGAGUGUAGCAUAAAGUUAAGAUAUAAACUAAAUAGAUCUCACUACAAAAGUAAAGUUGAAAUAAAACAGAACUUGUUAGCCACAGCAGCCCCAUCUUAAUUGCGGGGGAUACCUAUAAAUAUAUGUAGCUAUUUAUAUAUAUAUGCUAAUAUUUGGCAUUAUUCGAAAGAAUUAUAGUUAGGUUUUUGUAGAAUUGAGUACACAUUCAGUCAAUUUCGGCAUAGUUUCCAGUUUUUACCAAAACAGUUUGUAUAUAUUAUAUUGAAUGUGUUUUCGAAUUGUUGCUGCGGGCAUACAAUUUUGAGAUUUUAAGUACAGUACGUGAAAGCCCUCCGCUCACUGCCGCACGUGCAGCAAAGGUCAACUUUUAAACAUGAGAUUACAACAAAUAAUGAAUAACAAUAAAACUAAAGGUUAUGCUAGUUCUUAGACAAAAGUAGGGCAUAAUUUAAAAAUCAUAAGUGUUUAAAUUACAAAUUUGACAAGAAACAAAAAACAAAUUAAUUCCGAGUUUACACGAUUGUGAAAGAGACAGGAAACAGGGCAAAGAAUGAGACAAAGAGCGAGCAAGCGAGCUAUACGCAUAGAUUGCGCAUGUCGGCACGAGUUGAGAAUUAUAAACUAAAAGUAUAUUAUACAUACACAAUUUUGGAUUACUAACAAGUUAAACGAGAGGGGCGGGGAGGGAUUUCCAAAUUCUGCCAGUGAAAGUUGUUGCCGUCAAAAAUGCUGCAAAGCAAUUGAUAUUGUAUGGUCCAUCCAGAAAUAUCGAGUAUUAAACUUAAGAGCCAUAUGUUGUCUUGAGCAAAGCAAAUGAACAAAAUCUUUUCAAUUGAAAGUAUUAUGUAUUUAGCCGUUGGUAUCAUUUGUAAGCCUAAUUCUAGCAUAUACUAUGAGUAUAGAACAUAUAGGAGGCCCAAUUAAACUAUUACCUAAAAUGUAUGUCCGUUACGAAUCUGGUAUCCAGCAAUUUAAUGUGUAGCUACCCAUUGAAAGGGUGUGCCAAUACUCUAUAAUAAUAUAGCAUACCUAUCUGUAUUUCAUCUAGUGAAUUUAACCGUUCUUUCGCACAGUCUGGCUUAGUGCUUGCGCCCUGAACUGAGUACAGGGUGUGGUCAUAGUCGUGCAGUGGCCGACUAUAGUGUUUCUUACUAGUCUUAAAUGUGUGUGUGCGAGUACUUAGUAUGCUUUGCUACAUCAUUCUAAUUGUAAACACUGAAAAAGUUAUUUAAACAAAACAUUCAAAAAUCCUAGCCGAACCAAAACAUGCAUGUUUAAACUUCAAGUCAAAUGUCAAAUUGCGAAAUGUACAACAAAAAUUGAAUUAUAAAUUUGAAAAUACAAGAAGUUACAAAUAAAAAGA